CUGAUGUGGGGAGUAGAGGAAGCAGAUGGAUGUGUAGGGUGGGAAGUGUGACAAACUUGGCAUCUCAAGAGAGAAUCUUAUCAUGGGAUGUACUGUUGUCAUUAUGACAGGACAUGAACUUUGAGGACGUGGCCAUUGCCUUCUCUCAGGAGGAGUGGGAGAUCCUUGAUGAGGCUCAGAGACGUCUGUACUGUGAUGUGAUGCUGGAAGUGUUUUCACUUGUAUCAUUCAUAGGUCCUUGGCGUAAGAUGGAUGAUGUGAAGGCCUAUUCUGAGCACAGUGUAUCUGUAGGAGAUUCUCAGGUCAGGGCUUCCAAAACAGCCGCAGCCACCCAGAGGACCCAUCUGUGUAAGCCGUGCUUCUCAGUGUUAAAAGAUAUUUUGCACCUGAGUGAGUUACAAGUGGUUUACUUUGAGAAGAAUGUGUUCUUAAGUGAUGCAUGUUUGAGAGACUUGUGUUUCAGUGCAAACCCUCACCAGCAACAGAAGGAUGCCAGUGGAGAGAAGCCCUGGAAGGAAGAUAUGGAGAGUACCUUGCUUGUGAACAGUUUGUGCUUCUACUUAUCUGGGGUGCCUGCAGCUAGGACGGAGGUUGGGGAAGACUCCCCAGCCAUUUUAGGGCUUCUCCAACACCAGGCCACUCUUAACACUAUGGAGCCACACAGUAACAAUGAUAUUUCACAGGAAAGUCUCAGUGGAAAAAGACAUCACCAGUGGGUUGAAUGUGAAAGAGCUGCCAGCCAGAAACAGAAAGUUGCUUAUCAGAAAGGUCUCUGCUCUGGAGAUAUGAUUUAUGAGUAUAAUAAAUGUGGGCAAGUGUGUAGACAAAUGUUUAACCACCCUGCACAUGGGAGAGUUCACACUGGAGAAAAGCCUUAUGAGUGUACCGAUUGUGGGAAGGUCUUCAGUGAAAGCACUGCUCUCACUAAACACUGCAGUGUUCACACUGGAGAAAAGCCAUAUGAGUGCAGUGAAUGUGGGAUAUCCUUUCGUCACAAGUGUCACCUCACUAUACACCAAAGAGUUCACACUGGAGAAAAGCCAUAUGAGUGUAGAGAAUGUGGGAAGCGUUUCAGAGAAAAGUCUGCCCUCACCAGACACCACAGAGUUCACACUGGAGAAAAGCCAUAUGAGUGUAGUGAAUGUGGGAAGCAUUUCAGUGAAAGGUCUGCCCUCACUAAACACCACAGAGUUCACACUGGAGAAAAGCCAUAUGAGUGUAGUGAAUGUGGCAAGUCCUUCAGGCGAAGAGCUCACCUCACUACACACCACAAAGUUCACACUGGAGAAAAGCCAUAUGAGUGUAAUGAAUGUGGAAAGCAUUACAGAGAAAAGGCUGCCCUCACUAUACACCAAAGAGUUCACACUGGAGAAAGGCCAUAUGAGUGUAGCGAAUGUGGUAAGCAUUUCAGAGAAAAGGCUACCCUCGCUAACCACAGCAGAAUUCACUCGGGAGAAAAGCCGUAUGAGUGUAGUGAAUGUGGGAAGCAUUUUAGUAAAAGGUCUACCCUCACUAAACACCACAGAGUUCACACUGGAGAAAAGCCAUAUGAGUGUAGUGAAUGUGGCAAGUCCUUCAGUCGAAGAGCUCACCUCACUACACACCACAAAGUUCACACUGGAGAAAGGCCAUAUGAGUGUAGCGAAUGUGGUAAGCAUUUCAGAGAAAAGGCUACCCUCGCUAACCACAGCAGAAUUCACUCGGGAGAAAAGCCGUAUGAGUGUAGUGAAUGUGGGAAGCAUUUUAGUAAAAGGUCUACCCUCACUAAACACCACAGAGUUCACACUGGAUAAAAGCCAUAUGAAUGUAGUGAAUGUGGGAAAUCCUUUAGUGAAAGCUCUAUCCCUGGUGAACAUAAGAGAGUUCACACUGGUGAGUGUAUUGAUUGUGGGAUUUCUUUUAGCUACAACCAUAACCUGGUUAGACACCUGAAAUUUCACACUGGAGAAAAGAUGUAAAUGUGCAGGGAAUGUUUUAUUUUUCUCACUAAGAAUAAGAACACUUAAGGGGCUCUAUGGGACCCAUUUACAUGAAUGUAAACCCCUUUAAUGAGAACAUACACUCUGCUAGAUUUGUCAUAAAUUUGAGGUACAAGGGAGACUUGAAGGAGCUGUGUUGUACUUGCUAACAUGUUCAGACCUACAACCCAAAUGAUGUCACUGUGAAUGUUUAUCACUGAAGAGGUUUCACCUCUAACACCUGGCUCACCUGAGGAGUGUGCAUCGGUCACAUUCCUUGGGUGCUCAGGGGAAUGUAUUCUGUGUUCUCACUUCUGCUUGAGGUAAUUAUGAUUCCUCCAAGCUCUUGGCAGUAUCUUUAUUCAUUUCUCUAUGACUAGAAAAUGGACCUGACCCAGGAUUCAUCCAGAGCACCCGUUCUCAGCUAAGAAGUGCUACCUCUUUCAGGGACAUAGUGGUACUCACGUUAUGCUUUGAUAAAUUUUGAGGGUUUCUAAUUCACCAACCUGCAAACUCUGAGGUCUCCUCUGCUCUGGUUUAUGAUCUUUUUUUCUAAAGGUGUUUUUAUAUUUGUGUUGUUAUUAGUGCAUUAUUUUCAACACCAACUACUCUAAACCUAAAUUUGCCACACUCUGUAUUUACCUCCAGUCAUUUUGUAAUAUCUCUGCUUCCCCAACCCUCCAUGCAGACAUUGAUUUACCUUCCUUUACAAUAGAGUAGUUCAUAGUUUUCAUAAUUUUAUUGGCACUAUAAGGUGAAUUCUCUUUAACAAACACUGGCUUCCUUCAUGCUACACAGAUAGUUUGAGAUUUAACACUAACGUUUAUAUACAUAGUUAAUUUUUUAUUUCUAGAAAAUAUUGUAUUCUAUGGAUAACCACUUUUACUAUUGAGCUGCCUAUGAUUUCAGUUAUUUCUAUGUUUGGGGUUUUAUAAAUAAAACAGCUCAGAAUAUUGUAUUCCA